AUGCCGAAGCCGCCGUUGCUGCUGCGGGGGAGCCGCCCCGGGGACAGCGAGCUGGGGCGGCAGUUCCGGGACUGGUGCCUGCGCACCUACGGGGACUCGGCUAAAACCAAGACGGUGACCCGGAGCAAGUACCAGCGCAUCGCCGAGGUGCUGCAGGGGGGAUCCGGCUCCGGCAGCGGCUCCGGCGGGGGGGAGAAAGGCAAGUUCCAGUUCUGGGUCCGGUCCAAGGGCUUCCGCCUGGGAAACGGCACCAGGGAGGCGACGAAGAUGGGUCAAGUGGUGGUAUAUGUGCCGGUGAAAACGGGAACGGGGGCAGAUGGACUGUCGGAGCCCGAGGGCAUCUCUCUGAAACGCGUGGCUGUGGUGGAAGAUUUCUUUGACAUCAUCUACUCGAUGCAUGUGGAGAGCUCGUCGGAGCCAGGCAAAGCACCCAAACAUGCCGGGCAGAAGAAAACCUACCGAGCGAUUGCAGAGACUUAUGCUUUUCUCCCGAGGGAAGCUGUGACCAGGUUCCUGAUGAGCUGCACCGAGUGCCAGAAGAGGAUGCACUUCAAUUCCAACGGCCUGGAGCCCAAAGAGAGUGAACCGCCUUCCUCUUUGGUCUCUGGGAUCAUUGACUACAACAUGCCUCUCACCUCUACCUACCUGAAGCAAAUGAAGCUGCGGGUGAUGAAUUCCCAGGACCAGGAUGAGACAUCGGUGAGCAGCGAGGACUUUGAUAUGAACGACUCCACAUGGAUCUCAGCUGACCAGCACCUGAACUCCAGCCUGAGCCCCAGCCAGGACGAGAGCAUGCGCAGCCCGCAGAACCUGCACGGCCAGGAGGACGAUGACUCCUCGUCAGAGAGCUGCAGCGGGAAUGGCUCCUCCACCCUGAACCCCUCCACCUCCAGCAGCACACAGGGCGACAGCGCCUUCCCCGAGAUGAACGGCAAUGGCACCGCGGCCCCCAUGGACUUCACCGCCUCUGCCGACGACCAGCCCAUCAACCUGUGCGACAAGCUGGCGCCUGCCCACGUCACCCCUUCCUACCAGUCAGACAGCUGCACCGCCGACGGGCUGCGCAGCAGGGUCAAGUACGCCGUGAAGACCACGGCAGAGUCCCCUCCGUACAGCUCUGGCAGCUACGACUCCAUCAAGACAGAGGUGAGCGGCUGCCCCGAGGACCUGACUGUUGGCAGGGCCCCCACGGCCGAUGAAGAUGAUGAUGACCACGAUGACCAUGAAGACAAUGAUAAGAUAAAUGACUCGGAGGGGAUGGACCCAGAGAGGCUAAAGGCCUUCAAUAUGUUCGUGCGCCUUUUUGUGGAUGAGAACCUGGACCGGAUGGUUCCCAUCUCCAAGCAGCCCAAGGAGAAGAUCCAGGCCAUCAUCGAGUCCUGCAGUCGGCAGUUCCCCGAGUUCCAGGAGCGGGCACGCAAGCGCAUCCGCACCUACCUCAAGUCCUGCCGCCGCAUGAAGAAGAAUGGGAUGGAGAUGACCAGGCCCACGCCGCCACACCUGACCUCGGCCAUGGCAGAGAACAUCCUGGCCGCUGCCUGCGAGAGUGAAACGCGGAAAGCGGCCAAGAGGAUGCGGCUGGAGAUCUACCAGACCUCCCAGGAGGAGCCGAUCGCUCUAGACAAGCAGCACUCCAGAGACUCCACAGCCAUCACCCACUCCUCCUACUCACUGCCAGCUUCAUCUUACUCCCAAGACCCGGUCUACAUCAACGGAAGCCUGAACUACAGCUACCGUGGCUACGGGUCCCUGGGGGGCAGCCUGCAGCCCCCCGCCUCCCUCCAGACGGGCAACCACAGUAACGGUCCAACUGAUCUCAGCAUGAAAGGUGGGGCCUCCAGCACAGCCCCCUCCAACAGCACCAGCAGGGGAAUGCAGGCUGCCCAGCUCAGCCCCACAGAGAUCAGCGCCGUGCGGCAGCUCAUCGCCGGCUACCGAGAGUCGGCAGCGUUUCUGCUCCGCUCCGCAGACGAACUGGAAAACCUCAUUUUACAGCAGAACUGACUCCCCGUGUCUGCGUCGCUCCUCUGUCAAGAAGACAAUUUAUACCUGCUAGGAAGAGGCUCCCAGCGGUGUCCUGCUCAGGACCACCACCGUCCUCCCGUGAAGCGGCGGGUACAUGUAGUUUUAGAAGGUGGAACCCAAAAGACCUGUUUUCUUUUACACUCCAAGCACCUGGGACUUCAGGCACAAGGACACGUUUUUGAACCGCACCAACACCCGCGCGUCCGGCCGAGCAGAAGCCAAACCUGCAGCUUGGAAGGAUGUGGGACUUUGAAGGGCAGAAGGGAGCCUGGGGAGGUUUGGGGCUGCAGAUGUAUUUAGAAUAACCUUUGUGGACCCAAAUGUUAGAUUCCCGUCCCCAGAUAAUUUCCAAGUCUUAGGUGAGCUGAAUCACAUAUUUAUUGAGAAAUGGACCCUCCUCUCCCCUUAGUAAUUUAUUUUUCUGAAAAUGGAUUCUUUUAAGUUUGUACAGGUUGCCAGUUUUUUUGUCUGUCUGAUCAGGAGGAGUUUAUUCCUGUGAAAUAACACAUUCCAUAUCACUACACGACUCAUGUCCAGGCAGCUCUGCCUGUUUCUCUGGGGAACCCUUGUCCCACAGGGAGCAAGUUUGCCAUCCAGACCCAGACUUUGAGGCUGCUCAGCCUCCAGUAAGUGUAGGUGGCAGCUGACCAGUGCAGCAAGCAAGCAUCCUUCUUAGACCUUCGUUCUGAGCGUUCCUGUGGCUGCAGUGGGUCUGAAUCUCCCAAGAGACUUGGCAAGCUCAGCAGACCUCUGGCUAGAAGGACGUCUCGCACUCAUUUAAGUCAUUGCACAUCAGAGAAGGAAGGAAGGAAAUACCUGAGAAACACUGUCUUGUGGUCACCAUCCGUACUCUACCUCACACUCCAUUGUGGGCUUCUUCCAGGACUGGCUGAGCCAGGUCUGGGGGACGGUGAGUCUCACUGAUUGGUGGAUCGUGCUGGGGAGGCUGGGACUGAGCCUGCGGGUCCAGCGGCUCCGCGGGAGUCCUGGCAGCUCAGGACAAACCGUGCAGGGGCCACAGGUCUGUAGCAGAGGCUGACAACAGGGCUCUGUCCGGCACAGCCCCUCGCAGCUUCGCAGAAGAGAUGGGAAAUGUUCAGCAGCAGAACUGACAGAACCCUCUGCAGGGUUCUGCCCUCUGGCUCCCCCCUGCUCACAGUCCUGGAACAAGCCCACAGUUCCCAAAGUGUGGAAAACCAUUGUCUGAUGACCAUGGCCCCGUUACCACCCCCACUCCCUAUAAUGCACUUCCUUUUGCUCAGUGCAAUACCUACUGCCAGUGCUGCUAAAGCAGGGGCUUCACUGGGGCCACAUAUCCAGAGCCAAGAGAGCAGCAGAGGUGGCUGCUGGGCCCCCAGCUCCCCCCCACCCCCAUCCAGACAGGAGACCUCAGCACUAGAGACAAAUUAGUAAGUAUAAACCCCUAUAGGCUCAUUUUAAAGGUAGAUAAUCUCUGGAGCCAGCUUUUUGCUUCUUUUUUGGUGGCUGCUGAGCCAUGGGGGGGCUGGUGUGGCUGGCACGGGCUUCAGCUCGGUGGCAGAGGCUGGUCCCAGCCAGGAGCAGACCCGGGCAGUUUACUCAGUAGCCAAUACACCCAAUGAUAUUCCCCACACACUGUAAGAGGAAAAAAAACCAAAACCCUCUGCCUUGCUCUUAGUGUCAGUACAGAAAAGCUGCCAGCUCCUGGGGCCAGGCGCCCGGCCCGGCAGCAGAAGCGAUGAACCACUGCAUUGUCUGGCUUCCCCAAACCUUUGGCUUCCCACAGCAUUUGGAGAAAAGGGACCCAGCCCCAGCCAUGGGGUGCAGUUGGGGUGUCAGUGCAGAGGUGAGGUGAGCCCGUGCUAGGACUGGGGGUGCCUGGGCUGGGCACCCCAUCCCCUCC